UCUCGGCAAGGGCUAUACCGUCAUUUUACCGCUGCGUGUUCAAAGGUCGGGCAAAAUUGGGAAAACCAGAAAGAUAGGGGAAGCGGGGGAGAGAGAGAGAGAGUGAUAGGGAAAGAGAGAGAGAGAGAGAGAGAGAGAGAGGGAGGCGCGGGGCUUCUAUGCACUGGUGCUGAUGAUAAUGGCGGUUAGGGUUUUCCAAUUGAUUUACUUGCGUUAACCCUACCGUGUGGAUUCCUAAUUUCGACACUUCUUCUCGUCGGAGGAUUUUUCGCCUUUUGUAUCCCCUUUUAACCCUAAUUUUUGCAUCCCAAGGGUUUGGUGAUUUGCGUUCAGCAUAUUUUACAGCUCCGCGGUUUGGAUUCGUCAACUUUGUGAUAAGGCUAGGAACCUUGCUUUCUUCAAUGGGGUCGCAGGAUAAAUCGCAAAACUCCAACGAUUCCAUGCAGCAUGUUAAAGUGUACCGACUGAAUGAGGAGGGACACUGGGAUGAUCAAGGAACCGGCCAUGUCACAGUUUACUAUUUGGAGAGAUCAGACGACCCUGCCUUGUUUGUCAUUGAUGAUGACCAUGAAACAAUACUGCUGCACCGCAUUAGCUCUGACGACAUUUAUCGAAAGCAAGAAGAUACAAUUAUUUCCUGGAGGGACCCUGAGCUGUCAACUGAAUUGGCACUUAGCUUCCAAGACAGAGCCGGUUGCUCCUAUAUAUGGGACCAAAUAUGUAAUCUGCAAAGGAAUAUGCACAUUAGCUCGCUAGCCAAUGAAGCAUUUAACAAUGUCAAUAGUGAGUUGAAGGAGUUGCCUUCAGUUGAGCUUUCAACUCUCCCCUUGAUACUUAAGAUUGUUGAAAGUGGUACAACAGAUCAGCUACGUGUGACUGAACUUAUAUUGCAUGAUCAAGAUCUUCUUCGCAAGCUAAUGGAGCUAUUUAGAAUAUGUGAAGAUUUGGAUAAUCUAGAUGGGCUUCAUUUACUUUUCAAAAUCGUCAGGGGAAUGAUUUUGCUGAACAAUUCUCAGAUCAUCGAGAAAUUAUUUGGGGAUGACUUAAUAAUGGAUAUAAUUGGAUGUCUAGAAUAUGAUCCCGAGGUCCCUCACACUAAUCAUCGUAACUUUUUGAAAGAGCAUGUGGUUUUUAAGGAGGCCAUACCUAUAAAAGAUUCUGAGGUCCUCUCAAGGAUUCAUCAAUCUUACAGAGUUAGUUAUCUUAAGGAUGUCAUGUUACCCAGAGCAUUGGACGAGGGCUUAGUUGCAACUUUUAAUUCUAUUAUUCAUUCAAAUAAUGCAAUUGUUGUUUCUUUGCUAAAAGAUGAUAAGACCUUUAUCAAGGAGUUGUUUGCGAGGCUGCAUUCUCCCUAUACAUCUGUAGAAUCAAAGAAAACUUUGGUGCACUUUGUACACGAGUUUUGUACCUUAAGUAAGAGCUUGCAAAUGGUGCAUCAGGUUCGGCUAUUUAGGGAUCUUGUUAACGAAGGCAUUUUUGACAUCAUAGCAGAUGUUUUGCAGAGUGAGGACUAUAAGCUUGUUUUGACUGGGGCAGACAUCCUCAUGCUUUUCCAAAAUCUAGAUGCAAAUAUUCUGCGCUCUCAUGUGUCUCGUCAAGAUGGUGUUCUUUUUGGACUGUUGGUAAAGAGUAUGCUAACAGAUUGUGGAGAUGACAUGCACUGUCAGUUUCUUGAAAUCAUUCGCAGUCUUUUAGAGUCCACCCCAGGAACGCCGAGAGAAGUUAUAGUGGAAAUUUUUUACGAACAGCACUUGGAUCAGUUGAUUGAUGCAAUAGCGUCAUCAUGUCCACCAAACACUCAUGGUGAAUCUGACAAGAAGUCCCUGAGCUCAGUUGGAAAUUCCAGGAGCAGUGUGAAGCCUGAGAUAUUAUUGAAUAUUUGUGAACUGCUGUGCUUCUGUGUAUUGCAACAUCCUUACAGGAUAAAGUGCAAUUUUCUUCUUAACAACGUAAUUGAGAAGGUUUUGUAUCUGAUGAGGAGAAGAGAAAAGUAUCUUCUACUUGGUGCGAUUAGAUUUGUUAGGGUACUUAUCUCUCGCAGUGAUGAGCACCUGAUGAAUUAUAUUGCCAAGAACAACCUUCUCAAACCAAUAAUCGAUGCAUUUGUUGCUAAUGGGAAUCGAUACAAUCUUCUUAGUUCUGCCAUUCUGGAACUCUUUGAAUUUAUUCGAAAGGAGAACUUAAAAAUAUUACUCCGGUAUCUAGUCGACACCUUUUGGGAUCAGUUGGCAAAAUUUGAAACCAUGUCCUCUAUUCAUGCACUAAAACUUAAAUAUGAACAGUCACUAGAAAAUACGGAUACAAGAAGCACAGGUACUUCUUUAAACCAAAGGAAGCGCCUUGAUGAUCGUGCUUUGGAGAAGGAGGAGGAGGAUUAUUUCAAUGAUAGUGAUGAAGAAGAUUCAGCAUCUGUUCUUACGAGUGGCACUAAGAAAGCUGAAACAAAGCCUUCUGUAUUAGCCAACGGGUCUUUGCCAAAUGACACAGCCCCAAGGUCUGACCGGCUUGUUGACUAUGAUGAUGAUGAUGAUGAUGAGGAUUACAAGCCCCCUCCAAAAAGAGUGCCAGAUGCAUCAGAUGAGGAGGAACUGGCACAGCUGCCCUUGAAACGUAAGUUGGUUUCAAAGGAGCCUGAGGCAAAAAGAUUACGCCGAUCUCCAAAAGACUUGAAAUCAAGAGGUGUUUUUGCUACCUUGUGCUCUACACUAAGUGAUGCGGUACUACCCAAUAAGAAAGUAGGUAGUGGAGCAGUAAGUAUUUCCGGGUCGAAUGUAAACCAGAACUCUGACAAGGGGCACACUAACAGCUCCUUAUCUGAUCAGAGCCAAAUUGCAGAAAUCGACGGGCACAAAGAUGAGAGAGAGGGUUCUCCUAGAAGCUUAAGUGAUGAGUUGAUAGAUUCUGCUGAUAAUAGGAAGCAUGGUGACGAACCCCCUUUGUUGCCACCUAAUUCACCGGCAGAAAUGGCUGUGAAUGGAUCAUGAGUUGUUUCCAAAAAUUAGUAGUAGUUCUGCAUUGUGUUAUGGUACCACUUCCGGUUGGUGGGCUCGGGCCAAAUAUGAUCACCAAGUAUAUGAAAGAAGCCGUCAAAGUGGACGACGAGGGCCACCAGCUAGAAAGCCCAUUGGAUACUGGGAUGUCUUGAAUGAGGACAUACUGUACAGUACAGUUGGCGAAGAUGAAGGUGUGUGUAGUCUUUUUAUAGUUCAUCUAGGUUCAUAUCUAAAUUUCAGUGGAGUAAUUGUGGGCAAUGCAAGACUUCAUCAACUAUAUAGUGUUCUGUAAUUGGCUCCUACCUUGUGUGGGCUGUGUUUCUGUCUGUCUGUCUGUCUGUAUGUCUCUCUAUGUUUUUUGUUUCUGUAUACGACACUGAAUUACAUGUGAUAGCGGGGCGGCAAGCAUAUAUUACUCUGUUGUGGACGGUGUAACUGGGGUGGAAUUUUGUGUGUGUAUUUGAUUUGAGCAGUAGGGGAAAUGUACGACUGACUGACUGACUGACUGCUUGGAUGAACAAGAACGCCUGCUCCAGCAGUAGCCAGCCAGCCAGACAGCCAGCCGCCAUGGAAGUCAUUUUUGGAGGUAUGAGUCUUGGUUUUGGCGUAUGGCGAUUGGAUUGGAUUGGAUUGUGCAGAUAUUUUUUUUGUUGUUGUUAUAGCUCGCUUGCCUAGCCUUGUGUCAAAAAUAUAUACUAUUAAUGCAUACAAUAUGUAUGACAGACAGCACUUGUAGCAGUGCAGUGCAGCAGCAGUUGGGCAAAUGUACGAGGAAUGAAUAAUGAUGGAUUUGUUGUGUUCA